CGUUUGGAGCCGAAGCGGAGCCGCAGUGAAACCCGGGCCGUGUGCUCGUCACUACGGGACCGAGCGGAGCGGAGAACCGAGGGGACUCGACUCUCACCGGAGCAGCGCGGCCCCGGUUCUUUUUGUUGUUGUUUUGGGAAACUGACCGACGGAGGCGGCGCAGGCCCAAACCCGAAUAAAACCCACUGUUCCCGGUCACUGUCUCCGCCCGGUAGCCGGUCCGCUUACCCGCUGAAAAUCACACUUCACCGGCCCGACGGACCACGUUAAACCCGCUUUUAAGAGCUCGCGUAGCGGCCUUCUUACGGUGCUACUAGCCGAGCAGCUAGCUCGGUAGCGAGCGCUAGCUCGCAUGCUAACGUACUCGUGUAUUCCUAUUGAAGCAGCCGUUAGCUUACGCGCUCUUGCUAGCUAGCGGUAGCUCCUGACACAUUUCGGAGCUAACACGGUAACGGCAGCUAAUAUGUAACAUUUCAUUUCAGAUUCAGUGACAGAAGAAGACGCGGGUUGAGUCACUUUAUUCGUGUUGUAGAAAACAAGCAGGAAACAUUGAGGUUUGAUCCACGUCAGUCAGAUUGGAGCAGCUUUAUUAGCUCAUGCUGCUAACAUUAGCUCUGUGCGCCUUUAACGGACAUUUGAAAGCAGAAGAAAGAAGUUUUGUCUUCUAACGGCUGCUGGUCCCAUGUGGGAGCAGCAGGAGAACCCACACCGGGAAGCACGGGGUCUUAACAAAGAAAACCCCCGAGGUGUCCACGUUGUCCGCGGGUUAGCUCCGUUAGCUACUGCUCACUGGCUGCAGAUUGCGGGUGUUUUGUUAACCUACUUUCAACCAACACAAUUCAACCGGUGAAACCCCGCAGACAGGUCGGGGGUUCGCAUCCCGUAAUGACCGGAGCUGCUCUGGAAACGCACAGAUCAGAAGCUGCUGUGACACGAGGUAUGUUUGGUGCUAACCGGAAGAAGUUUAUGGAGGGGGGGGUGGAGAACGACUACGCGGACGACUCAAGCCUCUACUACAGCCAGCAGUCCAUGUUCCCUCCUCACCGCCCGGAUAAAGAUAUGUUGGUGUCUUCCUCUGCUUCCUCUACGGGUCAACUGUCACAGCUGGGAGCCAGUUUAUAUGGUCCGCAGAGUGCGUUGGGGUUUCCCAUGCGUGGUAUGAACAGCAGCGCAGCACCUCAGUUAAGUCGAAGUGGUCUGAACCAGUCUGCCAGCCAGCUCUCCAGUCAUGCCAGUACACCCAACACUGGAACAAUGCACACGCCUCCAUCACCGAGCAGGGGGAUCCUGCCCAUGAGCACCCGGAGUGUCCUGAACCACAGCCAGCAGGUGGGGGGUCCCACGGGUCAAGCGGGAGGGAUGGGUGGUGGCGGCGGCGACAGGGGAGGUGGCGGCGGAGGAGGGAGGAGCGGCAGCAUGGGGAGUCCCAGCCGGUCGUCGCCCAGCAUCAUCGGGAUGCCCAAACAGCAGCAAGCACGGCAGCCUUUCACUAUUAACAGUAUGUCAGGGUUUGGGGUGAACAGGAAUCCCGGCUUCAACCUAAACAACUCAUUAUCCAACAACAUCUUCAAUGGAACAGACGGCAGUGAGAAUGUGACGGGGCUGGACCUGUCAGAUUUCCCGGUGUUAGCAGAGAGGAGUCGGAGGGACGGAGGUUCGAAUCCCACCCCGCUGCUCAACCCGCUGGCCGGUCGGGCGCCUUACGGUGGGAUUGGCAUGGUAACCAAGCCGUCCAGUGAGCAGUCGCAAGACUUCUCCAUCCAUAACGAAGAUUUCCCAGCUCUCCCUGGUCCCAACUACCAAACAAAAGACCCCACCAGCACCAACGAAGACAGCAAAACGAAUCUGAACUCGUCAGGAAAGUCCACCUCUAACUCAGAUGGUCCAAAGUUCCCCGGCGACAAGAGCUCUGCACCUAGCAACAACAACCAGCAGAAGAAAGGGAUUCAGGUUCUUCCUGACGGGCGCGUGACCAACAUCCCGGUCGGCAUGGUAACGGACCAGUUUGGAAUGAUUGGCUUGCUGACGUUCAUCCGGGCGGCGGAGACGGACCCUGGCAUGGUCCACCUGGCGCUGGGCUCAGACCUCACCACGCUGGGCCUCAACCUCAACUCACCCGAGAAUCUCUACCCCAAGUUUGCGUCUCCCUGGGCGUCGGCUCCAUGUCGACCGCAGGAUAUAGACUUCCACGUCCCGUCAGAGUAUUUAACCAACAUCCACAUACGGGACAAGUUAGCAGCUAUCAAGUUGUCUCGAUAUGGUGAAGAUCUGCUGUUUUAUCUCUACUAUAUGAACGGUGGAGACCUACUACAACUGCUGGCUGCAGUAGAACUCUUUAACAGGGACUGGCGGUAUCACAAAGAAGAGCGGGUUUGGAUCACUCGGGCUCCGGGGAUGGAGCCCACGCUGAAGACCAACGCCUACGAGAGAGGGACCUACUACUUCUUCGACUGCAUCAACUGGAGAAAAGUGGCCAAGGAGUUUCAUCUGGAGUACGACAAACUAGAAGAACGACCUCACGUUCCCUCCACCUUCAACUACAAUCCUGCCCAGCAGGCCUUCUGAUUGGCUCUCCCUCCUCCUGCCUGCCUGCCAUUGGCCCUCCUGGCUCAUCCAUCACCACCGUCUAGGUUUUAUUCCGCCUCCACACACAUUUAAAGUGAAUCUGGCCGUUAAGGAGUCGGGACAGGAGAGGACGUCCCGUCUCUUGACCUCUUAAGACUUUAUCAUUUUAACUUGACCGAUUUUUCUUUGUUCUUUACCUCAUUUUAUUUUGUUUUUAACUUUAUUUCCCACCCUCCCUCCAUGGGUUUGGUUCUGUUUUGUGGAGCACAGACUUAAUGUCAACAGACAGCACAGUACAACAAUCACAGACACGGGUGCUGUAAAUAACUGUCCAUCUGAUCGAGUGAUUCUCGUUUCUACUCCGUCUUUCAGAAUCUACUAUUUUUUUGUCAAGAGAAGCUUUUAAGAAGAAGCAGAUUUUAACACAGAACAAAGGAUUCGAUCACAAACGUCAGGAUGGAUAAUUAUUUCACUCUGUGUCUGAAGAACUAAAGAUAUUUAUCAGUUUUCUUUAUUUUUACCAGGUUUCUCCAACAUUACACAUCAGAGCACACACAUCAGCAAACAGUGGACAGUCAGGAGAGGAAAUGCAAUGUACAUUGUAGCACUAUUUCAUAAUAAAAGGAGAAAAAACA